CAUCUACUCUAAAUCACAGGGCAGCUCAAAGAUGGUUGCCAUUAGCAACCGAGCAACUAAAACUUGGAGAAAUAAGGAACCGAGCCCUGAGGGGGAAAGUUAAAUAACGUUAAAGGCCUUUUUUUCAUUUGUACUCAUCAUGGCAACUCCACAGAGAAAUGCAGAAAACUUUAUGAAGGUGGAGGGCAACACGACGCAGCAUGUGGACAUUGUUCGGAAGUCACUGGAGAAACUUCGAAGCAUUUCUGUGAAUGAUGCAACAGAAACCGGGAUGCUGCGGUCCAGGAUAGAUGAACAGUCAAGCCUGAUCUGCAUGUUGAAAGAGAGAGCAGAUGAGGUGCUUCUUCGAUGUCAAGCCCUGCAACACAUCAAUACGGAGCUAGAGAGCCAAGUAACAGACUGCCAGACAGAACUGGACAGUGAAAGAAACAGAGCAGAGCUAUUAGAGAAGAGAUUUAUGGAUUUAGCUGCCAACAAUCAAGCAAUUAUUGCUUUCAUGGAAGAGUACAAAAGUCAGAAUGCCCAGUUAAAGCUGGAAAACAAACAGCUGCAGUCAGAAAAUGACACACUUUUCUCCCAAAAAUUACAAGAUAAAGAAGUGUUUGUUCAAAAACAGAUGCAAGAAAUCAAACUACUGAGAGAGAAAUACACAGAGAAGGAAAUUGAAUAUCAGGAGAAAUUAGCUGGAUGCCAGUCAAAACUCCUGGAACAAACAGCUCAGCAUCAAUCCAGGGCCACAAAGCUACUUGAUCAAUUGCAUGAUGCUCAGAAACAACAAAGAGAUGCUGUAGAAAUGUACAACGCAUUAAAGCUGAAUCUACAAAAUGCUGAAGAAGAGCAUGCUUUCAAGGAAACCAACAUGAGAGAAAGCAUAACAAGCCUCACCAAAGAGAAGGACAAAUUAUUGUGUCUGUCUAUGGAAAGAGGGAAAGUAAUACAGGAGAAACAAGAGGAAAUCCAGCAACUGGAGACAAAAUGGAAAGAGGAGAAAAAAGCCCGCGCCGAAGCAGAGGACAGGUUUGAACAGGAAGCAGAAACUGUUAAUGCAGAUGUUAAAGUGAAGUCUCUCCAGUCUGCUCUUGAUGAAUCCAUGACAAAAUAUGAGAAGCUGAAAAAGGAUUUUGAAGCCUUCAAAGAACACAGCACCAACCUCCUUUUACAAGAAAGGGAGUUAAAUAAGAAACUUCGCCACAUGAUGGGCUAAACUUUAGCAAUAACAUACAUCCAAAAACGGACCCCAGUAUCAAUUCAUCACACUCACCCAGAUGCUGUGCUACCUCCAGCACCAGCCUGCUCUCACAGCCAGCCACCUCCAGUGCAUUAAGAAUAGGAGGCAGGCCUUCAUCAAACUGGACAUCCACCACAGCACCAAUCACAGCCACUAUCAAGCAGUUGGGCAGUUCUGCCUGAAGGGACAAUGACAUUAACGGCAACAUAUUAAAAGUGACUUUGCGAUUACGAUAACAGCAGCAACUCGAAUUGAGAAACAUCAUACGGAGACUAAACAAGGACUAACGUAUAGCAUGUGUGAUAUAUUAAAUCUACAGGAUAAAUAAACAAUAAACCAAUAAACAUAUUGGUGCUUCAGAAUUGCAAGGUCCAUGUUUUGUUGCCACUGAAACUUACAGGCUGAAAAGUUCAAACAGGUAGUGAAUUUUACUGAGUUAUUUGGAAAGGUCAUUGAUUGGGGUCAUCAAGACAUGACUGGAGCUACAAC